AUGCCCAAAUCCCUCAUAAUAGGCAUAUCUGGUCCGUCCUCGAGUGGCAAAACCACGCUCGCCCGCCUCCUGCGUGAUAUAUUCCCCAACACGUUUAUCCUCCACCAAGACGACUUUUAUAAGCCAGAGCCAGAAUUACCCGUUAAAAAUGGCCUGCUGGACUGGGAUAGCGCAGGCGCCCUGGACAUCUCUGCCAUGACCGAAGCCCUCUCUUAUAUCCGGCAGCAUGCUUCCUUUCCGCCAACCCUAGACUCCAAAGAAGACCAAAAUUCCGUCGGAAAAUGCCCGGUGCCUGAAUCGACCAUCACUGCCCUCAGGAGCAGAGUGUCUGACGCCCUGCCUUCUUCACACCCUCUGCGCGGCGAAAAUCUACGGCUGUGCCUUCUGGAUGGAUUUCUGCUGUACUCGCCCUCCAUGCAGGCCGUCCAUUCCCACCUUGAUCUCAAGCUGUUUGUGAGAGCGUCAUAUGCCAAGGCCAAAGCAAGAAGAGAGGCCCGUGAUGGGUACGUGACCAUUGAAGGGUUCUGGGCUGACCCCCCCGGGUAUGUGGACAAGAUUGUGUGGCCAAAUUAUGUCGAGGAACAUGCUUGGAUGUUUGAUGGGGGGGAUGUGGAAGGCACGUUUAACGCAGAUGUCUUGGAAAGUCAAGGCAUCAAGGCCCCGAAGGAGGCACCGGUAGAUGCUGAUCUGGAGUAUGUGUUGGGGUGGAUGGUGGAUGUGGUGAUUGAUGAACUGAGGAAGCACCUAUAG